UGCAGUUAACAGUCACGUAAUUGCUAUCACCAACAGUUCGUACUAUAAUUGCCCAUAUUCCUAAUCAAAUAAAACGGUUACACAGGAUAACCACAAGAUUUGACAACGUUGAGGGAGAACCUGCCAAAAGUCGAAAUCAUGGCGGCCAUAUUCAGGUUAGGUAACCGUCAAAUCCUCAGUCAGCUUCGAAAUGAAAAACUUGGAAUGUUGUCUCUGGUGCGCCCCGUGACUCUUAAAGCCCAACCGGCCACUAAAGAAGUUGACAUAGGCCAUGACGAACGCAAUAUGCAAUUAGGGCGCCCACAGUCGCCCCAUUUGACGAUUUACGCCCCGCAGUUGACUAGCAUGUUGUCAAUUACACAUAGAGCGACAGGGAUGAUGCUAGCUGGAUAUGCCAUUAUGUGGGGUACAGGAGCAGUCGUCCUUCCUGACACCAUUCCACAUUAUUUGGAUGCGUUGCAACAGGCACAUGUGGGGGGUUUUGUUUUGUCAAUGGGAAAGUUUAUGCUGGCGUUCCCUAUGUGUUACCAUUUCUGGAAUGGAAUUAGGCAUUUGGCUUGGGAUCUUGGACGUUUCCUAACAAUUAAGGAAGUGUACGCCACUGGAUAUGCCAUGUUAGCAUUAACUGUGGCUUCUGCAAUUGCUUUAACGUCUAUGUAAAUUAAAUUAUGUCUUUAAAUUAUUUCUUCAACUAUAGUUGCAACAAACUGUUCUUUUCCUCUAUUCGGUAAAUCAUUUUUAUUAAGUGUAAAGUUUAAUUUCACAAAUAGUCUGAAAAGUAUGUCGUAAUUGGUUUUUGCCAAACGGUAUUUUAUUAUUUCUGAGUUGUAAAGUAAGCGAAACGAAUUGUUAAUGUCUUUAAAUAUAUUUUUUGUUUA